AUGAGGCAAAAGUUGGUGCUGAAGGUGGACUUGCGCGACAGCAAACAGGAAAAGAAGGCGCUCAAAAUAAUCUCCAAACUCCCUGGUCUCGAGUCGGUGAGUGCGGACUUGAGGGAUGGGAAGAUCACAGUCAUUGGGAACGGCUUUGACCCGGUCAACGCGGUGCAAAAGCUGCGAAAGAUGUUCGGGCACGCUGAAAUCGUCUACGUCAAGCAGUUCGAUAAGGAAGAUGACGGCGGCCAUGAGGAUGAAAGCGGUGCGACUCACCCGUACGAGUUUACAGCCAGGUUCUUGAACCGUAUCACAAAAAAUUUCUGCAAGGAGCGUAUCAUUGGUUGCGGUCGGCAAGGAGUGGUCUACAAGGGAAUACAGGACAAUGGAGUAUGCAUUGCUGUGAAGAAGCUUUAUCUCAUGCCAGGGCUUGACAAAGAGGAAUUUAAAAAUGAGUUUAAUAAUCUUAUGAGGGUCCAACAUCAAAAUACUGUGCAGUUUGUUGGUUAUUGCCAUCAUAAAACACAAGUGUUUGUUCAGCACAACGGAAAAUAUGUUUUUGCUAAAGUGGAAGAAGUAUCUUUAUGCUCCGAAUACCUGCAAGGAGGAAGCCUUGACAAGCAUAUUUCUAAUGAACCAUGUGCUCUUCUUUGGCACACAUGUUACAAAAUAAUUAAGGGAAUGUGUGAGGGCUUACAUUACCUUCACAAAGGAUUCGAGUAUCCUAUUUACCAUCUGGAAUUGAAACCUACGAAAAUUUUGCUGGAUAAGGAGAUGAUGCCCAAAAUUGGAGGUUUUGGUUUCUCUAGGCUCUUUGAUUCAACAGAAAUCACCAACACAUCAGAAGUUACAGGAACAAGAGCAUACUUGCCACCAGAAUACAUCAGUAAACGGCAAAUCACACCAAAGUUUGAUGUAUUCAGUCUGGGCCUUAUAAUCCUGCAACUAAUGGCAGGAAAGAAGAGCUACAACAAAUGUGUAGAUACUUCUCCUGAAGUAUUUAUUGAGCUUGUACAUGAAUUCUGGUUAAACAGGAUGCAGGGCACAAUAUCAAAGCAUACUUCACGUGAAGUUAAAACAUGCAUUGAAAUAGCUCUAAAAUGCGUUGAGUUAGGUCGAGAGAAGAGGCCUACCAUAAGCGAGAUCAUACAGAAACUGAAUAAGAUUGAUAUUGUUGAGUGCUCAUCUAUAGGUCAGUUAUAUAGAACAAGGGAGUUUUCAUUCGAGUUCUUAGAAAAUAUUACAAAUGGUUUUUCUGAGCAAAACAUGGUUGGCCGUGGUGGAUAUGGAGUUAUUUACAAGGGAGUGCUGGACAAUGGAGAAGAGGUUGCUGUUAAGAAACUUCGUCAAAUGUUGUGGAUUGAUGAUGAACAGUUUAAGAAUGAGCUUAAUAAUCUAAUGAGGGUCCAACACAACAAUAUCGUACGGUUAGUUGGCUACUGCCACCAUACAUCACAGAUAUUUGUUGAGUACAAGGGAAAACAUGUUUCUGCUAGUAUCGUAGAAAGAGCAAUUUGUUUGGAAUACGUGCAGGGUGGAAGCCUUGACAAUCAACUUUCUGCUGAAUCAUGCAGACUCGAUUGGAACAAAUGUUACAAAAUAAUAAAAGGAGUAUGUGAGGGUUUACAUUACCUUCAUAAUGCUGAUACUCCCAUUUACCAUCUGGAACCGGCAAAUAUUUUGUUGGAUAAGGAUAUGGCGGCAAAAAUUGGUGAUUUCGGUUUGUCAAGACUUUUUGAUUCAACACAAACCUAUAUGACACAGUCCCAAGAUAUUAAAGGAACAUGUGGAUACAUGCCACCAGAAUACAUCAACAGACAGAAAAUCAGUCCAAAGUUCGACGUAUUCAGUCUCGGGGUCAUAAUCAUACAAAUAAUGGCAGGAAAGGAGGGCUACUUCAGUUGUCCAUACACCCCUCGGAAAGAAUUUAUUACAACUGUACGUGAAAACUGGCGAACAAAGGUGCAGACAACAAUGUCGCCCCAUGCAUCUGAAGAAGUGAGGACAUGCGUCGAAAUAGCGUUGAAAUGUGUGGAGGAUGACCGAACGCGAAGGCCUACAAUAGCCCAGAUUGUUAGUGAACUAAGCAACAUUGGUGUUGCUAAAAGUUCACGCAUCAGCCAGUGGGCGAGCAAGCUGACUGCGUUGAAGACCUUGUUGUUACCCACUCACUUCAAACAUUGGCUGUUCCUCUUUGUCGCAGUGAUUUCCAUGUUUUUCGCAUGGGCUCAAUUCUGCCCAGAUUCAUGGUGCCAAGGCAUCACAAGGAGAACGUAAACAGCAGCGCCUACUGAAUGCCUUCGUCUACACGCCACAAAAGGCGGCAGCGGAGAGAAUAGUUUCUGUAUGAGUGCUGCUAGCGAUUUCCAUAUUAGUUUCUUCUGUCAAGCAAGGAAAUGGCUAUCUUCAGUCAGUAGAGUGGUAUUUCCCCUGAUGUCCCAGCCGGAGCUUCUCGAGCCGAGCUGCGGUCUCGAGCUUUGGCGUGAGGCCUGCAAUCAGACCAUGACACCUCCCCUCUGACCACCACGGCGAGCUCCCUCCCUCCAACCGAGGACUGGCGCAAGGUGUUCGACGAAAUGGUCAGAAGGAAGGCAUUUUGUUUCCUUUUCUCUUCGCCUUUUUUUGGCAAUAAUGUGGAAAUAUAUUUGAAAUUGGUUUUAUUUAUGCAAAAAAAAUUUAUUUGUGGAUUAGCAAACAAUUUCUUUGGGCAUUUAAGUUUAGAGCAAGGACCAAGUGCAAGAAAGUUGAACUCCUCAAAUGUUAGCAGGUUGAACCUCGUCCUCCUGAAGAACAUGCUCGAUUGGUGCGGCCAUCUCCAACAUCUUCCACCAUCACGAGCCCUGCUUAAAGAAAUUAAACCUUUGCAUGGUGCGU